AUAUUCAUAAAAAAAAUAAAAUAAAAAGUUAAUUCCAAAUGUAGGUAGUAUCUUAGGUUUCAAAAAAAAAAAAAAAAACAGAAGUGAAUACUCCGUAUAAAAGGACAAAUAUCACCCUCUCCGGGACCGGGCGGUCACAUUCGAUAGAUUCUCCCCACAUUUGUAGGAAGCCGGAAUUUCCCAUGGCUUCUUUUAUCGCGUUCUGGCUAACACUCACGCUCGCCUUCUGCAACUCCCUUUUCGCCGCCGCCGCAGCCCACGGCGAAUCUCAAUCCCUUUUGUUUCGUCUGGCCGGGGUUCGCAAGGCGCGCGGGCCUUCUCCUUCUUCAACAGGGAAGACGGCGGCGGCGUCUCGGCAGUCUCUGGGGGGUUCGAAGCGAUCGCCGUCUGAGUAUUCGGGCAAUUACAGCUCGACAUUUAAGUACACGUACGCUCUCAUCCUUUCCCUCCCCAUAGGGACGCCGCCGCAGAACCAAAGCAUGGUUCUUGACACCGGCAGCCAGCUGUCGUGGAUUGACUGCAACCGGACGAUGCAGACUCGGACGAACGAGUCGACUCGUCGUCGCCCCAACCCUCCCCGUCCUUUUGUCCCCUCCAUGUCCUCUUCUUUCUUCCCCAUUUCUUGCAGCAAGGACAACACCUGCACUCCCGAAAUCCCGAGUUCCACCCUGUUCACAUCCUGCGAGGGGAAAGGCCCCUGCCGCUACAGCCUUUUCUACGCGGAUGGAACGCCGGGCGAGGGCAGUUUGGUCAAAGAGGUUUUCUCCCUCUCCAAAUCACCGCCCGCCAACAACCCCCUUGUCACCAUUGGGUGUGCCGAUAAUCUGAAAAACGCGGAGGGCAUUUUGGGAAUGAACCAAGACAAUCUCUCCUUCCCUUCCCAAACGGGAGAACGCAUUUUCUCUUACUGCGUCCCGCUCCGGCGCGAUCUCGCCGGGAAAAAUCACGACGGCGCGUUCAUUCUGGGCCCCAACCCCAGCGCGUCCAAUUUCAAUUACACGUAUCUGUUGAAUUUCACGGAGUCCCAGAAGACCUUGCCCAGCCUCGAUGAGUUCGCCUACACCGUCAACAUGACCGGGAUCAGAAUCGCCGGAACUCCCCUGAAAAUCAACUCAACCGCUUUCGUCCCGGACGAUACCGGGAGCGGCCAGACGAUGAUCGACUCCGGGACGGAGUACACGUAUCUGGUCGCCGAUGCGUACAACACGGUCGCGAGCGAAGUCAGCGGUCGGGCCCGCGGCAAAUUGACGUCCGCAAAGAGGACGAUAGGCGGCCUGGAGAUGUGCUUCUACGGGAGCCCGAGGGAGAUCGGACGGGUGGUCGGCGACAUGACGUUGGCAUUCGAUACCGGCGUCGAGAUUCAGAUCCCGGAGGAGAGGAUGGCGGACGAGAUGGAGAAAGGCAUAUCUUGCGUGGGGAUCGGGUCGUCGGAGAAGCUAAAUGUCGCGAGCAAUAUCAUCGGAAACUUCCAUCAGCAAAACCUCUGGGUGGAGUUUGACUUGACCAAAUUCCGAGUGGGCUUCGGCCCAGAAAAUUGUAGCCGCGUUCUGUAGAAUUUCGUCCCAGAACAUAUUGUUUGCUAUUCGUGUUUGUUGUAUACAUAUCAAGGCAGACAAUUUAUGUAAAAUAUUGGCGUGUUCCUCUAUGGAGUACGUAUUUGGAUUCAGUGGACAACACUCAACUAUUUCAUUUUUCGUGAGUUACAUCUGCAUCAUGUCGAUCCAUUCUACAUUCUGUAUCAUACAUUUUCUUUAAGAUCUUGGCGAGAUACUACUUGUAUAUGUUAGAACGUGACAUACAUGUCAAAUACGAGUAACAAAAAGAAUAAUUAUAUUGUAACAAUAAAGUUAUUGGUCCCUU